GUAAAGGCACUGACCUAAGCUCCUCGUCUGAAGCGAGGGUCUUUGAGUGCUCAUCGAGGACAUCGACCACGCUCUGGAUGGAGCCCCCUUUGUUGAUAUCUAGUUUUGAGCAAGCAUCAUGGAGCUGGAUAUUCGCAACAGCCAUCGCGCACAGGAAGGCAGGGCUACAAAAAAUCAGAUGGGGAUUUACAGCGGUCAGAUGACUGUGAUGGAUAGCGAUGCAACAGCCAGCGAAAUCUUCUGAACAGCAACGGCGACCCGAAGGACGUUGCAAAGCGUCGGCACCAGCAGCGACUGUUUGUCGAGGGCGUUGUGGACGAAGAUCAAAUCUCGAUCGGUCAUUCGCCGACCGGGCGAGAAUUGCGCUCGGUGGCGCGGCGCUUGAAUUCAGCCGCUUUCUCGACACCGUUGCCGACGUUCAACUCAACACAAGCGACAAUGAGCACAGCAACAGACUUCAAUGUCUCGCUGGAGCCACAUCUGGCGGACGCGCUACGGCCUCUCGUUCCCAUCCUGCCGGAAGUCCUGUCCAAGGACCUUUCCACGACACUCGACUCGGCAGCGAAGACGGCAGCACCUAGUCCGCCCACGGCAGCUGAAGGAGUGGCAGAGGCUGGCGAUGCCAUAGCCAGUGCACCGCCCCUAAUACCCUACUCCCUUCUCUCAUCGAUAUCCGCAUGGACGCGCUCGCCUGACGGGCACGACGCUCUCUCACGCUGCGACUCCCGCUUGGAGCCAACGGACUAUACCAUGGUGGCUCUGCUAGCCGGCACACGCACAUCUCCCGAGAAAAACUUCCCACAUAUGCCUGUCAAGCCUGAGGCUAGUGAGGAAGCCCACCGGGAGCUGAAUGACCGCCGCGCAGUCACGGCGGUCCUGAACGCGCUGCUUAGCGUAAUCGGGUCUGGUGUCGCGACAUGGUGGGCCGCGGACAGGCUCAAUUGGAAACCAGAAUGGAAAGCCCUGCUCGCCCUAUUCGUAGCGAUCGUUGUCGCCGUCUCCGAAGCUAUUUUGUUUAUGAUUUGGGAUGCGCGACGAUCGAAACGCAUUACCAAACUGUCAAGAGCCCUCCGAUCACAAGAUGCUUCGACCCUUAUUUCCGACGGUGAACAGGCGUCCCUGAAGGCACCAGAGGACGGCUUAGCAGCUGAACGAACUCACUCUCCCAACGGGAAGUCGCACAUGCGUUCCAUCUGCCUUUGGCCGAACUUGCGUCGGCGCCCCGUCUACACCAGUACCUCUUCCGAGGGCUCAGUCCCUACUAUGCGAUCGAUGUCUCUGACAUCAUCACCGCCCAUACUACUGGUCAGGUCGUAA